AUGGCUCCGCAACAAAAAGGGUUCUCAUGGUCCAACAUUGCCGUUGGUUCGAUUAUGAACAUUGCCGAAGUGACGACUCUCGGUCAGCCCCUAGAAGUGAUCAAAACUCAAAUGGCAUCUAACCGUCAACAAACCAUGAUGCAGGCUCUCAAGACCGUCUCUUCCCGUGGUGGAGUCCUUGGUUUCUACCAGGGUUUGAUCCCCUGGGCUUGGAUCGAAGCUUCCACCAAAGGCGCCGUCUUGCUCUUCACCGCUGCUGAAGUUGAAAAAGUCGCUAAAAACGCCGGCUUCUCCUCCGGUUCAGCUGGCUUGUUGGGUGGAAUGACAGGAGGAAUCGCACAGGCCUAUGCCACAAUGGGCUUCUGCACAUGCAUGAAAACAGCCGAAAUCACCCGUCACAAACAAGCCGUCUCCGGUGUCAAACCUCCUUCCACUUGGCAUGUCUUCAUGGACAUCUACCGUCGCGAAGGUAUCAAGGGUAUCAACAAAGGUGUUAAUGCCGUUGCUGUCCGUCAAUGCACCAACUGGGGUUCCAGGAUGGGUUUCGCUCGUCUCGCCGAAUCCCCUAUUCGUUCUCUCUCGGGCAAAAAAGAGAGUGACAAACUCAACCCAGCCGAGAGGAUUGCUUGUUCGAGUAUCGGCGGUGCCCUAGCCACCUGGAACCAACCCAUCGAAGUGAUCCGAGUAGAGAUGCAGAGUAUGGCAAAGGCUGCCCCCGGUAGCAACAGACCGGAAAAGUUGACCAUCGCUAACACCUUUGCAUACAUCUACAAGCAGAAUGGAAUCAAGGGAUUGUAUAGAGGUGUCACACCCAGAGUUUUCCUGGGAAUCUGGCAAACAAUUUGUAUGGUUAGCUUUGCUGACUAUGUUAGGGAGUUUAUUGGGUCCAAGUAA